CGGAGCGGGUUAAACCUCCUUCGCUCUGGCUUCCCGAGCAUGGUUGUUUUUGCAGAAAAUGGCGUCAUCGCCCUCUUGUUUCUGCCUGGCCGCGGUGGGGAGAGGAAUAGUUUCAGGGACUUGUAGCAGCAUCUACGUACCGCGUUUACCCCCUCAAACAUCAAAUCACUUACUACGAUGUGUUCUAUUCAAUAGUAAACCGUCAAAAUACGAGAUAGUUCACGAUUUCGCUCGGUAGAAGGACGCGCAAAGAUGGAAGGGUCACCGGUCCUGUGCGCCAAGCUGCUUCUUGGAAAAGGUGGCACGGAGCCGCAAAACGCAGCGUUUUACAUUCAUAAUAAUGCCAUCCUCGCCGGCUCUAGGCUAAUCGAAAUGACCGAGGGUGGUUUGGUGUUAUUACCAGAGUGGUGAUGGACGUAUUUCUGGGAGUGCUGCACCUUGUCUUUGUGUGUAUUUUAUUCGGGUUAGCUCGUUUUUACGCCGCACUCCCCUGCCAUGCUGCAAUCGUUAUGAGGGGCCUCUCUUUUAACGCCUUGAAAGGUGCAUUUUCUACUUGGCUUUUCCUUUGAUCAAGUUAAGCUGCCCCUUUGUUGCUCAAAAUAGUGGCGUUUUUUAGGCUGACAAUAUAACCGUGUAAAAAGAGAUUUUCGGGGAUAAUGGGGGCGAUGCAAAUCGUGCCAUGAGAACGAGCGACUGCCCUGCGCUCUGGUUCGCUGCUUGCCAGACGAGGACAGACUGAAUGAGAUAAAAAUAAAAGUCUUUUGGACGAACCACAUAGUUUGCACAAAACUGGGGAAGUCCGGCGCUGCGCAAUGAUUGUGCUGCUGCUUUGCGCAGAGCACAGUGGCAGCUGCUGUAACCGCCGCCACCAUUUCGCCGCGAUAUUUUUUGUGUGUGUUGGCCAACCUUUUGUAAAUAGUUGGGGACUCUUGGAUAAAAGAGCACAAUAGUAUUCAUGCGGGCCCUUUAUGGCCUGUGAAUGCGGUCCUAAGUCCCACUCCGGCUGUCCUGUCUCUCCCCGUCAGCUACGUGCAUGCGUCCUAGCACUGGCCACCACACAUCCACCAUAGCGAGGCCACUCGGUUCCCUGUGUACACGCUCUGCUUGGUUCCUCCUGUGACCAAAAGUCGAGGAACGAUCGUGAGCUGAGUGUUACGGCACAGGCCGUCACGAUCAAAUCGAAACAACAGCGAAACAUCAGCCACGGAGACAGCACAUCGCUCGCUCCGUGCACAUUUUUAUUAAGUUUCCUGAGUUAUGCAACCGCAUCCCCGUAGAGCGAACCGCUCAUCCGCCUUUAUUUACCCGUCACCCACCAUCGGAUGGAUAUUUCUGUGUGUAAUAUCUGGUGAAUUGGACCAGUCUCUGUGGCGACGACACUGAAUUAGGAAGAUAUGUCAUUUGCAAAUCACCCAGUGCCAUUUGCGUCACAGCCCGCGGCCUCGCACGCCCAUGGGGGGCGAUGGAGUUGCAAAUGGAGACUGUGUGUGUGUGUGCUGACGCUGCCCCAGCUGAAAGGGAACCAAUAGACACGGACUCGGGCGCUUCCACUCUCCAGUACUGCACCGACUUGGGAUUCCGUAUCAACGCGGAAGAUCGUGCAGUUUAUACGGGAUGGUUAUGUUUCCAUCGCACCGCCUGGGAUGCGUCACAGGUGUGUGCUGGUAGUGAACGUGUGGUGCAGCAGGCCAGUCUUGGCAGCAUGGUGAAGGCCCAGAAGUCAACUGGGAGGAAGAGCACUCACUGUCUACGCAGACAGAGUGGCGGUCAGACGGAGAUGGAGGAAGGCCAGCUCCAGUCAGACACCCAGCAUCAGCCUCAGGCGCAGACCUGUGGAGGGGACCAGUCCUCUGAUCAAGCCCAACUCCAGACCUCUGCCUCAGCCGAGGCGCCGUCUGAAAACUGGGACCAGAAGGAAGCUCCGAUAGACAUCCAGGAAAAGGGCGACUCCGCCACCCAGGCCAAGCCUCUGUGGAAGCCCAUUCCCCCACUGCUGCCUGAGCCAGAGAACCACAGGAGCGCCACCUCUGAGACCAGGGACCAGAGCUGCCAGACCGAGGAGCAGCUUCAGCAAACUGGCGCUGGCAGCCACGCUCACAUCACAGGUCUCUGUGUUGAGCCUGGAGAUCCUCCUCUGCUCCAGCAGCCUCUGCAGACCUCCAAGUCUGGGAUUCAGCAGAUAAUUGAAUGCUUCCGUUCAGGCACCAGCCAGCUGAGACACAUGCUGCUGAGGGAGGUGGACACCAUCUUUGAGUGUAAACUGUGUCGCAGCCUGUUCAGAGGCCUGCCCAACCUCAUCACGCAUAAAGAGUACUACUGCCUGUCACGGCUGCCCGAAUCUGACGGGUCGCCAGGUGACGACAGGCAGAGUGUAGCCAUGAAGGAUUUACUGGACGCCAUAUAUCCCAGAGCUGACCGACCUGACUACGUGGUCCGACUGGAGCCCAUUCAGACCACUAAUAAGGCAGUGUUCCAGUACCUCACCACGGAAGAGGAGCUGGCUAGAUAUCCAUCACACACUCCCAGUGCCAGAGAGAGUCCAGUAGCAUGGGAGGGAGAAGCAGUGGAGGGUGUGGACAACAGCCAGGCGAACCAGCGAGGUGGACCAGAGAGCCACAGCAGCCCGGGACACAACCAGGGACAGAGGAGGUGGGAGGCCGAGGAGGAGGCUAAAGAGGAGCAGCCGCCGCCUGAAGACGAGGGGUCCACCAGUGGGGUGGAGGAUGUGACAAUCUCCUGUUGUCUGUGUGGUCAGGACUUUAACUCGCGCCGCAGCAUCAGGCGUCACUGCCGCAAAAUGCACCAGACCAAACUGGAGGAGCUCCGAAAGUUCACAGAGACGCGAACAGUUCCCACAAGCCUGCUCUCUAUGGUGAAAGGUCGGCCGAGGACUCUCAGCACACCUACUGGAAAAUCCUGCCCAGUGUGCCUCAAAACCUUUGCUACCAAAGCCAACGUGCGGCGUCACUUUGACGAGGUGCACCGCGGCCUGCGGAGGGACACCAACACGCCCAGCAUCGCCUCGCGGCCCGGACAGCCCUUCUCCCUGGAGGUCACGCCUCCCAGGAAGAGCAACAAUUCCUCUCCAACCCGUGGCCACAGCUCCAAGUCCGCCCCCGUGAACUCUAAAACGACGCCUUCAAACCAAAACCAAGCCAAACCUCAGACUCCGCUCCCAGCCUCUUCGCAGGCCAACCAGGCCUCAUGUCGCUGCACGCUCUGCAAGAGGAACUACAGCUCUCAGCUCAUGUUGAAGAGGCACAUGCGUAUUGUCCACAAAAUAUACAGCAUCAAAAGUAACAGGUCUGCUGCCACGCCCUCCGCUGCCACCACAGCAGCUACUCCUAACAGCAGCAGCAGCGCCAACUUAGGCCCAAGCAACAACAUCCGAGUGAAAGAGGAAGCAGUGGAGCCGUCAGACGAAGACGACGACGAGGAUAUGGACAGCAGUCCGGCCCCGUCUCCGAGUGACAGCACCGGGACAGCUAAAGCUGCAUCUGUGGCACACAAUGCCAUGAAGGUGAAGGAGGAGGAAGCCCCAUCGAGCCCAAAGAUGAUGUCAUCCUUAUCUUCAUCAUCUUCCCGCGGAGGCAGCAUGUGCAGCGGGAGCGUCGCCGCCAAAAUGACCAAGCUGUCGGUGGGUUUUGACUUCAAGCAGCUGUUCUGCAAACUGUGCAAGCGACAGUUCAGCUCACGCCAGAACUUAACGAAGCACAUCGAGCUGCACACGGACGGGAACGACAUCUUCAUUAAGUUUUACCGCUGCCCCCUCUGUCGCUACGAGUCGCGGCGCAAACGUGACGUCCUGCGCCACGUGACCGUAGUCCACAAGAAGUCGUCGGCGUAUCUAGCUAAGAUCAUGCCCAAACUGGAGAGCAGGGCGGUGAAGAGGCUGGCCGAGGUCGUCCUCAACAGCACGAGUCCCAACAAGAGGACAAGCAGCAGCGUCAAAGAGGAGCUGAACGGACGUCACGCCUCUUCGUCCUCCUCCUCCUCCCCUUCGCCUCCCGUCACACGUAAACAGGAGUGCUCCACGCCCGCCCCACCCCCAUCUUCAGCCUCCUCCUCCUCCUCUGCAUCUUCCUCCGCCCCGCCCCCCGCCCCCGUCACUCGUAAACAGCAGGAGCUCUCGUCAGCAGCGUUCACCCCGUCCCCUCCCGUCACCCGCAAGCAGGAGAGACAGCAGACCCACCAGCACCGCCCCGUCAGCCCGCCGCUGACCCGCCGCAGCGAAAAACACACACACCAACGCAACUCCUCCUCCUCCACCACCACCUCGCCCAGCAACCAGGCGCCACACACCCGCCGGCACGACGCCCAGUCGGAGAGCAGCAGCACGGGGACGUCGUCCACCGAAGUCAGAGUGACCAAGAAUUUCUCCCUCCACGCUUGUGACCAGUGUGGACGAGCUUUUGCCAAGAAGUUGUACCUGGAGUCUCACAAGCGAAGCCAUCGUAACGCAGCGACAGCAGCAGCCAGCAGGAGGAAAGGAGUCAGCACCCGCUCCAAAUCCCUGGUCUGGUGAAAGACACAGCUCUGCCGGGGAUAAUAGACGAGCGAGCCGCUAACAACGAAGAAGCCAAUCAAAACUUUCAGUUGGAAAAAUAAUGGACGAGUGGAAGGAGCACAGAGCAGAGAUGAAGGAAACGAGAGAAAGAAUGGAGCACGACAGGAGCGAAGUACAAAGGAUUUUCCUCCUUUUGCUCAAGAACCAAAUAUGUUGUUGGAAUCUGACAUUUUUUGUAUAGUGUCAUUAUGAAGCCAGCCAGCUCGCUGGAUGGUGGCGCUGCUAUCGACGGAGAAACUGCUCACUACUGCUGCAUUUAUCUGUGUUUAUAUACUACAGUAUGUAAAUAUAGGUCAUAUGCAGAUGACUGAUUUGUACUGCUUUGCUCUCAGUAAGCCGCCUUUAGCAAAAGGAUGAAGGUACAGUAAACUAUGGAAGAGUGUGUGUGUGUGUGUGAGUGUGUGUGUGUGAGGGAGGGAGUCAGAACUGGAUCCUCCACAGGAAACUGACUGGAAACUUUUUUUUUAAGAAGAAGAAGCAGAAUUUGAUUUGACCCUUAACAGUCUCACAGAAUCUAUUUGACUCCCUCACUAUUAGCAUUUCAAAUCAUCUCCUCGUUAUAUUCAGACCUGAUGAAUGAUGUUUAGGAUGGUAACAAUCUGAUAUACUCAAAACCACCCAGCAGAUGAUCAGAAAAUACAUUUUCAUCCCCUGCCUUUCUCUGCACUGUUUCACUGUGUAACAGAAAACAGCUGAAGUCGAGCUGCCUGCCUUUAUCUUCUCAUGUAAAUGUUUCCUCACACAUCUCUGUUUGUAAUGUUCCUCAUGCUCGCAGCCCACAGUCUUAUUUAACAACCUGUUGUAUCUGAUUAGCAGUGACCAACAGCAGGCUCCCAAGUCUUGCAUUAAUUACAGGAGGUACGGUCAGAAUAAGGGAGAGCUCAAACUGUAUUUGCAGUAGAAUUGUGUGUGGACUAUUUCUAUCAAGUUCCAGUUUGCUCACAUUUCACUGUUAUUUUCUGCCUCUGUCUUGUUUUACCUCUGUGUAUGAGCUAACUCAGAAACCUGGUUAUAAGAGACCCAUCAGUCUGUGAAGUGUGCAGUGAGGCAGCCUUAAGGAAAACAGUGACACCUUCACUCACAUAAUAAUGAAAAUCACUCACAUGGGACUUCUUAUGAUAAAAACACCAUAAGGUGACACAGUGAUAAUAUGACACUAACAGGUACUUAACAGAUUAAAUAACAUUGGCUGUUCGUUCAUUCAUUUUCCUCCAAAUAUAGAUUAUUUUAUAACCUCAGCUGUUAACAGGCAAAACACACGUGAUGAAUUUCCUGAAAGCAGAAACGACCCCAGAUAUCACCAGGAUGAUGUCCAGAGAGACGUCAGUGUUACUGUUCUGUGUUUCCCACCUCUCACGCCUUUAGUCACUUUCUGGCCAAUCAGAGCAACAGUGCAGCAUCGUAGCGUCUUGGAUGUUAGUGAGUCUCACCUGUGAGCAGCAGCAGGUUUGAGCUGGUUGGGAGUCUUCUGAGGGCCAAAACGUUAGAAUAGGAAGGCUACAUGCUUCUUUGGAGCUGGAAACUUUGCUUCUCCUGACUUGAAAGUUUACAUUUAACAUUUUGUUCCAUAAACAAAAAAACUGCAAGGGCGUGUUUAAAUAAACUCUGUGAACUUUUCUUUUUAUCCUUACCAAUAUAAUAACCAUUUUUUAGACUAAAUGCUGCAUCAGUUCCUUUUAAAAUGGGCUUUCAUGUACUCAAACUUAACGGGGCUGCAGUCGUUUGAUCACAGCUCCCAGAGGUAGUCUUUGAAACACUGGCAUAUGCAGAGAGUUGGACAGGAAGGAUUCAGGAAGACCAAAUGUAGAUUUGUCUUAAUGUUCAAACAGAAAGCCAUGAAAUGGAACAAAACCAGAAGAAAGGAAAGACCAAACUUUAUUUUUAUAACUGAAAACGCUAACGCGACAAGGUCUUGAAACAUGUAUAUAUUCAUCCUACAUGGAUGGUAUAAAUAAUAGUUAUAAUAUAGUUGUACUUAACUGUUGGUUGACCAUAUGCUUCAAACAUGUCUGACUAGUUACCACUCUGUCACUGUUUAAUAUGGAGGCGAGUUUGCGUUGUUCCACGAUUAGUUGUCGUCUUUUUUUUGUAUCAUUCCUUUUCAAAGAGGACGUGUCGUGAAGAAAACAGGAAUCAAACCUCAAGAGACUCUUAGGACUUUUUUAAAAUUUUGUCAUUUUCUUUCAUCAUUAGUUGUAACAUGUUACGCUCACAUUCUAGAGAACCAGAGAAGAGUUAGAGAAACCUUUCAGAUGUGACAAGAAUGUUUAAACCAACCACUUAAUAAAUAAAAAUGUACUGCUCCAAACCUCA